AGCAUGAUUGUGAAGUCCCAAACAGCAAUGUCUCGGUCUAGAAGUCAGGGAAAUUUUGGAAUGCUUAGUUUUCAGAGCAUGUCAAGGAACCACUUUGUUCAUUCACCUAGGGUUACUAGCUCCUAUUCUACUUCACAAUCAUCAUUCAAUAAGAUUCCAACUUUUACUAACACUGCUUUGAGAGUGAGCAAGAUACCUCUGCAUGAGAUGUUUAAGAAACACAUUGGUAUAAACAAGGGGUCUAUUCUGCCUGAAAAUAUGUAUCAUCCUCCAAAAUCGCAAGCUUCAUUAUUAAAGAGCCCAAGUUAUAGAUUCCCAAAGACCAAAAAUAAGAGUUUUAUUCAUCUGAUGGAGAAGCAUGGCAAAGCUGUCCCUGGGCCUUCUGAUUAUGAAAAACCUAUGAAGUGGAUCAAUAAUACAGCUAGAGAUCUUGGAAAAGGCGUUAAGAGAGUGACUGUUAUAGACCAGAUUUAUAAGGAAAAGAAGAAGAUUCCAAGCCCUUCUGAUUAUGAGACUCUUAGGAAGUACAAAUCUAAAAUCACUGCAUUUGAUAAGGCAAAUGGGUUCAACUUUCUAAGCGAAACUGAACAUUUAGCACAGAGAAAUCCAUCCCCAGAUCAGUACAAGCCUGAAGAGAAAUGGGUCACGAAGAAAGUUCCACAGUAUAAAAUAGUUAAAUCAAAGGAGAAUAAAAUGAAUUGGAAACCAGUCAAAACUACAGGAGCUUCAGUUGGUUUAUACAGCACCACUAGCCACUUAGUCCUCCCAAAAUCUCCUAGAACAGUUUUCGCAAAGGAGAAACUUAAAUCUGUCAUCCAAGGGAUGAGCUUAAAGAAGAAGAAAGUCCCUGGAGUUGGUGAAUACACCAUCAACCCUUGUUAUGACAAGAUUUCUAGGCCGAUGAGGACCUCCAGGGUGUAAUUGGGUUUAAUUCAACCUUCAAUAAUUGGAUUACCAA